CUAUACCAACAAAUACACCACGACGCAACGUAGAAAGAACCCAACUCACUCCUCGUUCAUAAGAGCAAGUGAUCAUUGUUGGAUGGCAGCGUGGAUGAGGAUGAGACAAAGAGCGGAGUGCACCUUACAAUUUUUCACACAAGGACUAUGGACAGAGUUUUAAAAAGUCUACAAAAUUAUUGGAAGACACUUUAGUUGUAAAUAUUGUAAUCAAGGAUAAUAUGGGUGAGUGGAAAAUGAAUCGGGUUUCUCUGUGUUGAAGUGAGAGUGAAAUGAAACAGGUCGAUUAUAAGUUAUAAUUUAUAACUUAUGGGUACAAGGACUCGAUCUUGCGUGGGUGAGAGCUGCUGCUCUAGGAAAACUCGGAAAUUGUCGUCAUUUCAUUCAUUCAUCACACACGACGUCAAUUCACUUCCUUUAUACUUUCACUACAAAGCAAGAUGUGAUAGUGCUGGUGUUGCACUUGUUGCUUUGCGCCAUUAAUGUUCCAUUAAUUUUCCAAAAUAUGAGCAAAAUCUUUAAAUGAGUUGAAAUCUAAUAUGACUGAGUUUGCACAGUCUCAGUUUUUACCUUCCAAUUCUGGUUCUUCCACCACUAAGCUAUCUUACAAGAACGAGUCUAACCAAGUAAGAUAUACUGGCGACUGGAGUGCGGAUUCCAAAUUAUCAGCAAUCAACAAUGGAUACUGGGAAGAUCCUUUCUUCAGACUGUUUAACACUACUGAUCCUUCAAAAAUUCGAAGAACCUCCCUGAUUUGUCGAGGUUACUUUGUCAGAUUUCGAGUGUGUGAUUAUUUUCUUAGACGAAUCAUUCGAGAGAUUGGCCAGCCUAUACAGGUAGUGGCAAUAGGAUGUGGGAUGGACAGCACAUACUUUAGGGUUCUGCCUGAAUUGGAAAACUUAAUUUUGAGAUUUUACGAAUUAGAUUUUAAGAGUGUUAUCACUACUAAAAAGUCAAUAAUCCUACACAAUGAAAUACUUCAAGUUAUGGCGGACAACAAAUUACGUCUUUUACACUGUGAUCUUCGACAUGUUUCUUCCCUUGAAGACGCUUUAAAAAGUGGUGAAUUUGACUUUCAAAAACCAACUUUAUUCUAUUCAGAGUGUGUUGUAAACUACCUUCGUCCUCAUGAAAACUUCAAAAUUCUACAAUGGAUCACAGAGCAUGUUCCAAAUAGUGUUUGGCUAGCGUAUGAACAAUGUAACGCCAGCGAUCCAUUUGGACAAAUAAUGGUCUCACAUUUCCUAAAAAAUGGCUGCCCAUUACUUUCUCUUUUGUCAACUCAAAGCCGAGUUGACCAAGAAGCACAAUUACUGAAAGCGGGUUUUAAUCAAGCCAAAGUGAUCAAUGCAUACGAUGCAUUUUUAAAAAUUGGAGCUGACGAUCCUCCAUAUUUUCCUGUUUUAAACAAGUUAGAACAGCAAUUUGAUGAGUAUGAGCCGCUACUUGCUACAUGUCUUCACUACUCUGUGAGAAUCGGUGCUAAUGGUAGUCUGAGUGAUUCCAGUGGCUGGUGGAAAUUUCUCCAAGAAUUUAACAACAAGAUUAAUGAGUCGUCAACAUCUUACAGGCAAGAAAUGGUGCCCCUAGUUCCACAACCAAGUUCUUACUAUAGAGUCAAAUCAUUCCCAAUAUCUAAUUUGCCUAAACUAACCGGCGGACAAAGAGCUAUUGCAAUGUCAGAUGGAACAAUUCUUACAUUUGGUGGUUCAGGAGAAAAUUCAAGAAGAAUGAAACAUCUAAUUGCUUCAAAAGUUGACUUGGAUUCGGUUUCUGUUGGUGGAAGCAGAUUGACAAGCGUAGCAGAUGACGAUGACGACGACGACGAGGUUGAAGAAGAUUUAUGGAGAAAUACUGGAUCCCACCUUCAAGUCAGCACUAAAAUUUUGUCGGAGAACUCAAAAUUUUAUGAGCGCUUGUAUGGAGCAUGUGUAUACGUUCCGUCUGGUGCCAAAGAUGGUGAAAGGGCAGACUCGGUUUUAAUUUUUGGGGGACGAAAAUCUCCAGCAAACCCUUGCACAAACGACUUGAUUGAAUUAAACUUGGAUAACCCAUUGUUGACCGGUGAUGUGGGUAGCAUCAUUUUAUCACCAACGUAUGGAAAAUGUCCACCUCCUCGCUGGCGUCAUGGAAUGGCCUUAUUUGUUAAAGGAGGAUCUCCAUUCGUAUUCUUAUUUGGGGGACGAAACACAGACGUGGUACUCGGCGAUUGUUGGUGGUAUUCAGUGGAAGACUUUUCUUGGAGUGAAAGGAUUAACACUGCAAAAUCUGAAUCAAUAAAGACGAUUGAAACCAAAGAGCCUGGUCCAAGACAUUCCCAUUGCAUGGUCUCUGAUAGUGAUGGAAAUCUAGUUUAUAUGCUGGGGGGCAUGUCAGAAAAUGAUGCUGUUUUAUGUGAAGAUGCGUUUUGGGUUUACGAUUCUGCCACAAACAAAUGGAAUAACGUACAAGACUUUAAUUAUUUUGUCAGAAGAAUCGGCCAUGCUGCGCUUAAACACAAGAACAAUAUAAUAAUUUUGGGGGGAUAUGGAGCAGAUUCAACCUACGGCUUGGACUUUUUCGCAAUUGUGAUUGACUUGGAGACUAAUAUGAUAAAACCAAUUCGUCCGACAAUGCCCAGAGAAGAACUCUUUCUGCCAUUUGGAUUCUCAGCAUGUAUACUUAACGACGCCAAAGAUGAAUGUCCUAACAUUGUCGUGUUUGGCGGUGGGGGAAAUUGUUUUUCCUUUGGUAGUUAUUACAACCAAGUGUGUUUUACUAUUGCAUUAGACUCUGAAACUGAUGACAGAUCUUCGUCAAUUUAGUCACCGUCCCAAAACGAAUAGUUGAGAUUUUGAGAUAAAUUACCUAUUUAUUUUUAACGAAACGCUACAAUAUUCUACUGAUAUAUAUAUUUAUACAAGAUGCACAAACUUUAUUUUUGUUAUACAUAUCCCCUCUGUGUAAAUGCAGAGGAAAACCAAAAAUACUAGUGUGAAUAUUCUUAUAGUUCUUCCAAAUAUCAUGAGAUGAAUGUCUGCUUGCUUUAAAGACUAUCAUUAUUGUUUUUAUGGUCAUGAACAAUGUAAUAAAUGCGUUGGUAAUGAAAAU